AUGUGCGAGUUCGAGGAGUUCCUCUUCUCCUGUAAUCACUCGGUCGUUAAGAAGAAGAGUUACUGCCACUUUGCCCGCAACGACCCCAUCCACCAGUGCUUUAGCGUCAAGGUCCUCAAGAUUUGA